AUGUUUAAAAUACAAAGAUAUGAUACUGAGCAAGAGUCGAGACAAGAAACCGGAAACGAGCUAUUAACAAAAAUUAAUGAACAUAUUAGAGAGAUUAAAAAUUCUUCCGAAGAAUCAGAUUCACAACUAAUUACGGAUAAAAAUCCAGAAGAAAAUAAUGUAUUACAUGCAUUUCCCGAAUUUAAAAAAUCAGAACAAACACAAGAAGAAAUAGCAACUACUAAAUUAUUAGGAAUACCGAAUUGGCUGGCUCAUCCUAUGAUCAUUGAUCCAGAAUUCACGCAACCAAUAGAUCAUUUUUCUUUGGGACUUUCAACGCAAUUGAUUAAACGUUGCAAAACUUUGGGAAUUCAUGAAUGUUUUGCAGUUCAAGCAGCCGUAAUUCCAAUAUUGACGCGUUUGAAGAGUUUGUCAGAAGUCCAUACAUCACCAGGAGAUAUUUGUGUGUCAGCUCCAACUGGAAGUGGAAAAACACUUGCCUAUGUAGCACUUGUUGUUCUUCCGACAAGAGAUUUAGUUAACCAAGUUAAGGAAAUAUUUGAAAUUUUUUGCAAAGGUACAUCAUUGAAGGUUGGGACAGUUACUGGUCAACAAGCUUUUGUACAUGAACAAGAACAGUUAGUGGGAGGGAUAAGCAAAGUUGACAUAUUAAUCGCCACACCUGGUCGAUUAAUCGAACAUAUUUCAACGACAAAAAAUUUCACAUUGCAACAUUUACGUUUUCUGGUCAUUGACGAAGCCGAUCGAUUACUUAAUCAAAGUUACCAAGAUUGGUUGACACACAUUUUAAGAUCUAUUCAACCAGGAAAAUCAUGUCAAAUUAAAAAAGAAAAUUUUGGAAUAAAAUUUGAUUCAUUUGAUACACCAAUAUAUGAUGCUGUUUCAUCGAUAAUGCUGGAAAAUUUUAUAUCUGUUCCAAAAACGGAUAUUUCUGAACCUAAAACAUCGAUGAUUCAAAAACUUUUGUUUUCGGCAACUCUGACACGAAAUCCUGCCAAGAUAGCAAGUCUUCGUUUAGUAAAUCCACAAUACAUUUCUGUACAAAUAUCUGACACUAAUGAAAACGAAGCAAACCAAAUAAAAUAUACAUUACCAAGCAGUUUGAAAGAAUUUAUGAUAGUCACAACCUCCUCCAUGAAACCUCUGGUGGUUCUUAAUCUUCUUCACAAUCUUAAUAUAUCUUCGGCACUUUGUUUUACAAAGUCUGUGGAUUCGGCUCAUAGACUUUCUAAAUUGAUUCAAUUAUUUGAAGAAUUAUAUAAACAACAGAAUAAUUCACAUUCAUUAAUUGCAGUAGCAGAGUAUUCUAGUGAUUUAUCACUGGAGAAAAGAAAAACUAUUCUUAACAAGUUCAAGCGAGGUGAAAUUAAAUUACUAAUCAGUUCCGAUUUGAUCGCAAGAGGAAUGGACUUGGAUCGUGUUGAUACUGUAAUUAAUUAUGAUGUUCCUGUUUAUAUGAAAAAAUAUGUACAUCGGGUAGGAAGAACAGCUCGGGCUGGUCGUAAAGGGUAUGCAUAUAGCCUCAUAGAAUCCCAAGAGAUUCAAUGGAGAUUAUUACCAACUAAGACUAAAUUAUGA